CUUCUUAAUUGGACUAUUACACAAUCCAAGAACUGUAACGCGAGUUUCGCAAGUACUGCUGGGAAAUCAAGUAACGCUUAACGGUUUCUGUAACGGUUGGAGCAGUCAGCGGGGAACAACGGUCAGGCAUCAAGAUUAAGCAAUUUUCUAAAAGGCCUAGUUCUGGAGCUAUGUCUACUAAAGAGAAGGAAGCAGAUUUGACUGAAGCAGAGGGCAGUGUGCCAGGCCACCUGGAGUUGGAAGAUGAAAAACGUGGGCCUCACAGUGAUGAUGACACCCAUAAGCCUGAAGACAAGCCAUUACUGAGCCAUGAAGAAUCAUUUCUUCACCAGGAAGAUGUUCUUCAAGAGACUAGGGUCAACAAUCCUGAGGAUAAAGACUUGCAGAAUUUAAGUGGGAUGAAGGGAAUGAAAAUGAAAUGUGAGAAACUGAAGAGCAUGGGAAAUAACAAAGGGACCAUGUACAGCUUGUUCUUCUCUUCCAUUAAUCUAUGUAUAUUUUAACUUUAUUUUUAAUUGAUACAUAGUAAUUAUACAAAUGUAUAGGGUAAAAAUGUAAUGUUUUGUUAUACUGUAUUGAUUACAUAGCUUUACUGAGGUAUGGUUGACAUAGAUGAUGAUUAGAUACAUACAAUAAUGAUUAGAUACACAUUAUGAAAUGCUUACCAUAAUGAGUUAACACAUAUAUUGUCUCUCAUGGCUAUCAUAUUUUCAUAGUGAGAACACUUAAGAUCUACUCUCUUAGCAACUUCCAAGCACACCAGAGAGUAUUAUCAUUAACUGUAGUCGUUAUGGUGUACAUUACAUCCCUAGAACUUAUUCAUCUUACAACUGAAAGUUUGCACCCUUUGACCAACAUAUCCUUCUCCUCACCCCACUCUCCAGCCCCUGGUAACCAACCUUCUACACUGGUUUUGCGAGUUUGACUUUUUAGAUCCACUUAUACAUGAUGAGAUCGUACAUAUUUGGUCUUUCUGUGUCUGGAUUAUUUUACUAACCAUUAUGUCUUCUGAAUUCAUCUAUGUAUUAACAAAUGGCACUACUCCAUUGUAUAUAUACAUACCACAUUUUUUAUCCAUCCAUCAUUGGACAUUUAGGUUAUUUCUUGACUCUUGUGAAUAAUCCUGCAGUGGACAUAGAGGUGUAGAUAUCUCAUGGAGAUGUUAAUAUCAUUACUUUUGGAUAUAUGAAGGGGCUUCAAAAAGUUGAUAGAGGGUGGGCAUUUGGCAUAGUGGUUAAGACACCUUGUCCCUUAUUGCAGUGUCCAGGUUCCAUACCCACCUCUGGUCCUUGACUACAGCUUCCUGCUAAUGCAGAUCUUGGAAGACAGGGAAGAUGGCUCAAGUAAUUGUUA